AUGUUAAGUAUAACAAGCUCCUGGAUUGGUGCUGCGGAGGGAUACGGAGUUGCAUCUAGUAUUAUUGGUGUCUUAGGGGGCCUUUCCUCUGAAGUCAGUAGCGAUCUUGUUGAUGCCGACGACGAAACCUCCUCAGAACUUGGUGCCAUAGCUUCCAAAAUUCUCACAAAAUUCUAUGCUGCUCGGUCAACUUUACUGGAAGAUGUGUUUGUAACUGGUAAUUUGACAAAAUUCUCUAGCGAUCUCAUUGAGAGUGACUUCAAAAAUGAUCUUUCCAACUUCUUUAACGGACGUUUCAUUUACUCAAUAAGUAGCGCACAGUUGAGUAAGAUCGAAGAGAUAAUGAGCAAGCGAUACCUGCAGACCCUGACUGGCGUGGCUCUUGAUUUUGUAAACUACUAUAUCCUUAAGGGCGCUUACAUAACGAGCGAAUGCUCUGACAAGGUCAGUGGUACCGUGAUCGAUGGCUUCUGCUAUACUCUCGAGUAUCCAACUUCUGGAUGGGAUAUAGGUGACUUUCUUGAGGCCGGAUCAUUUUCAACUCAAAUCAGCAAUGAUUCUUUGACGUUAUUGACCAACACAUACAAAGUGGCCCUGGAAGAUCUAUACAACAACUCUUACGAAUGUCAAAAUUCGACAAAUGCCUACUAUAGCGCCCUGUCAGUCGAUAUCUAUCUUGGAAGAUUAUUCUACUACGCUUCCUACCUGCUUAUAUAA